GAAUGUGCUUUCUGCACCACUCUUGGCAUGAAGGGUGUUGAGAGAGGUGUAUGCAUCUCCUCUGUAUCUCUCAGUUUGACUCUGGGAGACUUCACCAUAUGUGGAGACCCACAGUCCACCCCCAAGGAGCUAGACUUUGGGUAUUUAUCAAGUUCUGCCUGCCUGAGCGGAUCCUUCCUCUCUCAGUUGUUGCCAGCCAGAAGCAUGCAUGCCUUUCUGUUCCUGUGUUGCCUCCUUCUCUGGAAUGGUGUAACGGUGUCUGUGCAGAAAGAGAUCCAGAAGCUCCCUGAUGAAGAGAAAGCAAGCCUGGUGCACAUUCGGACCCCGCAGACUCUCUCUCGAGGCUGGGGAGACGACAUUGAAUGGGUGCAGACAUAUGAAGAAGGUUUAGCACGAUCAAAACACAGCAAGAAGCCACUGAUGGUUAUUCACCACUUGGAAGAGUGUCCUUACAGCCAAGCUUUAAGGAAAGCAUUUGCUUCUAGCCCAGAGAUCCAGCAGAUGGCUCAGAAGGACUUUAUCAUGCUCAACCUGGUGCAUUCCAGCAGCGAUGACAACAUGGCACCUGAUGGCCAUUACGUCCCUCGGAUCCUCUUUGUGGAUCCUUCAAUGACAGUUCGAGGUGAUCUAACUGGCAAAUAUGGGAACAGGAUGUACACUUACGAACCAGAAGACAUUUUGACCUUGAUUGAAAACAUGAGACAAGCGAAGCUGCUUCUGCACACAGAGCUCUGA